AAAAUCACAAGAGAGAGAGGAGGUAUUUUUACACAGAGAGUGGAAGUAGAAAACAACCAAUAGCAGACGGAGAUAGCAAAGUAGGUAGGAAAGAAAAAGAAGUGGAAGAGAGUUGAGGUUGGGAAUUGGAGGAGAAGAAGAUGGAGGAGAAGGAGGGUUCGAGUAGUAGUAGUAGUAAAGGAGCAACAGCAGCUGUACACCCUGCAGUAGCACCGCUCUCGUUCCUGCUGGGCACAUGGAGAGGCGAAGGAGAAGGAGGGUAUCCCACCAUUAACUCUUUCUCUUACGCAGAAGAGCUCCAUUUCUCUCAUUCUGGGAAGAAGCCCGUGAUUGCUUAUUCUCAAAAGACUUGGAAAUUGAGCUCCGGAGAGCCUAUGCACGCUGAGAGUGGCUUUUGGCUCCCUCAACCAGAUGGCACUCUCGAAGUUGUGAUUGCUCAAAGCACCGGUCUCGUUGAAGUUCAGAAGGGGACAUAUAAUGCUGAAGAGAAAGAGAUCAAACUUCAAAGCGAACUUGUGGGGAAUGCUUCUAAGGUGAAAGAAAUAAGCCGGAGUUUUCAGUUGAAUGACGGUAAAUUGUCUUAUGUGGUUGAGAUGGCUACCAAUGUUUCUAGUCUUGAGCCGCAUCUGAAAGCCUCGCUCAAGAAACUCUAAUCUGAAGUAAGUCAUGUCUGAGCUGAACAAAGGCUACAAGUCGGUAUCGUUUAUUUUCUCCUAGUAUCAUUGUUGGUUGAAUAUACAGUGGCAAAGAACCAUCAUAAAAAGCUUUUGAUAUUUCUAUCUGGAUAAAACGCAUACUAUUUUUUUCUUUUUUCUUUUUUCUUUUAAUGUACAUGCUGUGGUUUAAAUGAAACCAACUUUUCUAGAAUAGUAUCAGCAUAUCAUUCGGUUCAGUGACAAAAUUAUCAAAACGAAUGUAGUAGAAUUACUUCCACACUGAAUGUGAUAUUUGUCUACAGCACCAUAUCCCUGCCAAAGUUAUAAAAACCAGUAAAUUAGAUGACCUGUUACAAAUUUUGGAUAUUUUAUAUUUUGGAAUUUUAAAAUCCAAAUAAGGAGCAAGCGCUUUGAAUAUAAAUAAAUUUCUGUAAUCUAAAUGCAUGAUGUAGGUGGGAGGAGAAAAUUUGUAGUAUACUACCGAUGUUGAAGGAAUGAUAUAUAUGUUCUACUGUCAAGCAUUGUGCAAGAAAUAAGAAUCUUGUAACUUGUAAGCAACUAGUAGGUAUAAACUGAGAGACUGACAAUUAAUGGAAAAGGAAUGAAUUCCUAUACCGCCCACUGCUUACUCCAUAUCUUUGAAUGCAAAUAAAGAGAAGCGUACAACUUAUUAUCACAAAUUCCAAAACAACACUUGCAAUUAUCGUUUCCAGGACACCAACAUGAAAACCAAACCACUACUAAAAUCCUUAUUUACAUAGCUGCCUAUUCUAAUUUUCUGAUUCCUUAUGAAUAAUCUUGUUUUCGAUUUAUCCAUGCAUUGUCCUAAUGGAGAAGAGGGGAAAAGCACAGGCUAAUGACAAUUAAGGUCUGAUGUAGAUUGUAGGAAAUAGAUACCACUGCCUGUCAGCUGCCUUCCUUAAUUUGCUCAUUUAGUAUAAGAGGAAUUAUAACAGAAAAAAGAACAUGGGUGGAUAGGAUACAUCAUUCAUUCAUAUUGAAAGUCAUUGUAAAUGGUACCCCAAAAAAAAAAAAAAAAAAAAAAAAAAAAAAAAAAAAAAAGAGAA